CCGGACCCUGCAUUCACUAUAUCUGGUCUCUCACAGACCCUGCAUUCACUAUAUCUGUUCUCACACAGACCCUGCAUUCACUAUAUCUGGUCUCCCACAGUAGACACAAAAUGGAAGUGCAAUUAUUGUAGUAAAUAUAAACUGCUAAAUAUCUUUUCUCAUCAGCAGUAUAUAGCAGUCUUCUGACUUCUAUCAGUGUCCAGCAGAGCAUUGGUCAAAGCUUGUAGGAAGAGUUUUCAUUCUCCUCU